GUGGUCACCUACCUGGCCAGCUGUGGCCUGCAGAGCUGCCCAAUGCUGCUGGCCAAGGGCUACCCAGACCUGGGCUGGAACCCCUGCGGGGGGGAGCGCUACCUCGACUUCCUGCGCUUCGCCGUCUUCGUCAACGGGGAGAGCGUGGAGGAGAACGCCAACGUGGUGGUGCGGCUGCUGAUCCGGCGGCCGGAGUGCUUCGGGCCUGCCCUGCGGGGGGAGGGGGGCAGUGGGCUGCUGGCAGCCAUCCAGGAGGCCCUCAGCAUCGCCCAGGACCCCGCCCGCGACGGCCCCACCCUGCGCAGGGACCCCCGCCGCAGGGACCUCUUCGGCCCGGAGGAGCCCCCCGAGGAGGGCAGAGUGCACCUGGGCAACGCCAUCAUCUCCUUCUACGCUGCCCUCAUCGACCUGCUGGGGCGCUGUGCCCCCGAGAUGCACCUGAUCCAGGCGGGCAAAGGCGAAGCCCUGCGGAUCAGAGCCAUCCUCCGCUCCCUGGUGCCCCUGGACGACCUGGUUGGCAUCAUCAGCCUCCCCCUCCAGAUCCCAACCCUGGGCAAAGAUGGCAGCGUGGUGGAGCCGCGGAUGGCUGCCAGCUUCGUGCCCGAGCACAAGGCCCCCAUGGUCCUCUUCCUGGACCGGGUCUACGGCGUGGAGAGCCAGGAGUUCCUCCUCCACGUGCUGGAGGUCGGCUUCCUGCCCGACAUGAGGGCUGCUGCCUCCCUGGACACGGCCACCUUCAGCACCACGGAGAUGGCGCUGGCGCUGAACCGCUACCUGUGCCAGGCGGUGCUGCCGCUGAUCACCAAGUGCGCUCCGCUCUUCGCCGGCAGCCAGCACAGGGCCAUCAUGGUGGACUCCAUGCUGCACACCAUCUACAGGCUCUCCAGGGGCAGGUCCCUCACCAAGGCCCAGAGGGACGUCAUCGAGGAGUGCCUCAUGGCCCUCUGCCGCUACAUUCGCCCCUCCAUGCUGCAGCACCUCCUGCGCCGCCUGGUCUUCGACGUCCCCAUCCUGAACGAGUUCGCCAAGAUGCCUCUCAAGCUGCUGACCAAUCACUACGAGCGCUGCUGGAAGUACUACUGCCUGCCCAGCGGCUGGCCCAACCACGGCGUCAGCUCCGAGGAGGAGCUGCACCUCAGCAGGAAGCUCUUCUGGGGCAUCUUCGAGUCCCUGGCCCACAAGCGCUUCGAGGCGGAGCUGUACCGGCUGGCCAUGCCCUGCCUCUGCGCCAUCGCCGGCGCCCUGCCCCCCGACUACGUCGACGCCAGCUUCUCCUCCAAGACCGAGAAGAAAGCCUCGGUCGACGCCGAGGGCAACUUCGACCCCAAGCCCGUGGAGACCCUCAACGUCAUCAUCCCUGAGAAGCUGGAUGGCUUCAUCAACAAGUAUGCAGAGUACACCCACGAGAAGUGGGCAUUCGACAAGAUCCAGAACAAUUGGACCUUCGGGGAGGCUGUGGAUGAAGAGGCCAAGACCCAUCCCAUGCUGAGGCCCUACAAGACCUUCUCUGAGAAGGACAAGGAGAUCUACCGGUGGCCAAUCAAGGAGUCCCUGAAGGCGAUGCUGGCCUGGGAGUGGAUGGUGGAGAAGGCUCGGGAGGGGGAGGAGGAGAAGGUGGAGAAGAGGAAGGCUCGCAAGAUCUCCCAGUCUGCCCAGGCCACCUACGACCCGAGCCAGGGCUACAGCCCCCAGCCCGUGGACCUCUCGGGGGUGACUCUGUCCAGGGAGCUUCAGGCCAUGGCAGAGCAGCUGGCAGAGAACUACCACAACACCUGGGGGCGCAAGAAGAAGCUGGAGCUGGAGGCCAAGGGGGGGGGCUCCCACCCCCUGCUGGUCCCCUACGACACCCUGACGGCCAAGGAGAAGGCCAGGGACAGGGAGAAGGCUCAGGAGCUCCUCAAGUUCCUGCAGCUCAACGGCUAUGCAGUCACCAGGGGAGGCUGUGGGCGCCGGCUGGGGGUCUGGGGGCGGUGCUGGGGGCCGGUGCUGAGCCCGGGGGGGGCCGCAGGGGGCUGA